ACACCACCAACACCAAUACCACCAACACCACCAACACCACCACCACCAACACCACCACCAACACCAAUACCACCAACAACACCAACAACACCAAUACCACCAACACCACCAACACCAAUACCACCAACACCACCACCAACAACACCAACAACACUAAUACCACCAACACCACCACCACCAACAACACCACCACCACCAACACCAAUACCACCACCACCACCACCAACACCACCAAUACCACCACCACCAACACCACCACCACCACCAACAACACCAACACCAAUACCACCAACAACACCAACAACACCAACACCACCAACACCACCAAUACCACCACCACCAACACCACCAACACCACCACCACCACCACCACCACCAAUACCACCACCACCAACACCACCAACACCACCAACACCACCAAUACCACCACCACCAACACCACCAAUACCACCACCACCAACACCACCACCAACACCACCACCACCAAUACCACCAACACCACCACCACCACCACCACCAACACCAACACCAAUACCACCACCACCACCAACACCAAUACCACCACCACCACCAACACCAACACCACCAAUACCACCAACACCAAUACCACCAACAACACCAACAACAUCAACACCACCAACACCACCAAUACCACCACCACCAACACCACCAAUACCACCAACACCACCACCACCAACACCACCAACACCAAUACCACCACCACCAACACCACCACCACCAACACCACCAACACCACCACCAACACCAAUACCACCAACACCACCAACACCAAUACCACCACCACCAACACCACCAACACCACCAAUACCACCACCAACACCAAUACCACCACCACCAACACCACCAAUACCACCACCACCAACACCACCACCACCAAUACCACCAACAUCAACACCACCACCAACACCACCAAUACCACCACCAACUCCAACACCACCAACACCACCACCACCAACACCACCACCAACACCACCACCACCAACAACAACAACACCACCAACACCACCAAUACCACCAACAUCAACACCACCAACAACACCACCAACACCACCACCACCAACACCACCACCACCAAUACCACCACCACCAACACCACCAACAUCAAUACCACCAACACCA